AUGAGAGCGUUAUUCUGGCUAAUUUUGUUAAUCAUACCAAUAUUGUCUUAUACUUGGUUUUCUUCACUGCAGCGAAAAAUUUAUUUGCACAGCAAAUCGCCACCAGAAGCAGAUCCGGAUUCAAUCAGAGCAAAAAGACAAGCCUACCAAGUUUAUGUUGGCGGUGAUCAGUCAGUAACAGUCGACAAAUCGGGUCAGGCAGAAACAGGACUUUGGGGACCAUGGAUUAGGGACAAAGAAUGUUCUAGAACAUGUGGUGGCGGUGUUCAAAUUGAGAAACGUCAGUGCAGCGGUGAGUGCACAGGCGCAUCAGUUCGUUAUGUCUCAUGCAGUAUUGAAGAAUGUUCUGAAACGUCAAAAGAUUUUCGUGCCGAACAAUGUUCCCAGUACGAUGACACACCACUUGAUGGCAAUUAUUAUAAAUGGUUGCCAUAUCCUGGAAAAAAUAAAUGCGAAUUGACUUGCAAACCUGAUAACGCCAACUUUUAUUAUAAAUGGGCUGAUAAGGUGAUUGAUGGAACGAAAUGUGAAAAUAGUGGUGAUGAUAUCUGCGUUGAAGGUGUAUGUUUACCUCUUGGAUGUGAUAAAAAACUAGGUUCAGCUAUAAAGGAUGAUAAAUGUGGUAUGUGUGGAGGUGAUGGUUCAACAUGUAAGACGGUUGAGGGAUUCUUUGAUGAACGCAAUUUGUCACCAGGCUAUCACAAUAUUAUUCGAUUACCUGUUGGAGCUACAUCGAUUCGAGUUGAAGAAAUGAGGCCAACCACCAAUUCACUCGGUAAUUCACGAAUUAUUGAAAAAAAUUAUUUGGAUUUAAAUGAAUUCAUGUUUAUUGAGCAAAAAGUUAUGAUUCAAUUAAGUAACAAAGCGCUUAAGAUAGGUGGCACUAUUUUUGAAUAUGAUAUAAGGAAAAAUAUCCAUCAACCGUUCGAAACACUCACUGCAAAAGGACCAACGAAUGAAGAAUUGAUUAUCGCACUACUAUUUCAAACAGGGAAUAAGGAUAGUGCAAUUAAAUACGAGUUCUCUGUACCUUUAGAACAAGAUCUGCCAUAUAUUUAUAAGCCUGGAGAGUGGUCCACAUGCUCAGUUACUUGUGGGAAAGGUGUUCAAUCGAGAGAAUCGUUUUGCGUCGAUAGCAAAAGUCAACAAUCUGUAGAAAAUGAACUUUGUGAAACGAGCAAUUCAUCCAAACCGGAAAUUGAAAAGCCAUGCGAAACUGUCAACUGUGAAGCUGAAUGGUACCAAGGAGAAUGGGAACCAUGUUCAGCUACAUGUGGAAAUACCGGAAAUAAAUAUCGUGUGGUAUAUUGCCAUACAUUAUUUUCUGAUGGUAAAAGGAUGAUAGUUGAUGAUUCAAACUGUACAACAGAACGACCUGAAGUUAUGCAGUCUUGCAAUAGAUUUUCGUGCCCGGAAUGGCAAGCUGGGCCAUGGAGUGCUUGUUCAGAGAAAUGCGGUGAUGCAUUCCAGUAUCGUUCAGUAACUUGCCGCAGUGCGAAAGAAGGAGAAGAAGGCAAACUGCAACCUGCUGAAGCUUGUGGUGAAAAUGAAUUUGAAAUCCAGAGAGCAUGUAAUCUUGGCCCAUGCGAGGGACUUAAAUUUUUCACCACUGAUUGGCAAUUGUGCGAAAAAUGUAAUGAUACCGAAGAUGUUCGAAAUGUAACCUGCAAGGAUAAAAUUGGUCGGGUCUAUCCGCUCGACAAAUGUUUGAAUGAUAAUGUGACCAAAAUCCCUAUUGAUGUUCGUCCUUGUGCAACAUCACCGCCUUGUAUUUAUGAGUGGCAUAGCUCGGAAUGGUCAAAAUGCAGUACAGAAUGUGGUCAUGGUCACAAAAGCCGACGAGUUGUGUGUGCAAUUCAUGAACUCGAAGCCAAACCAGAGACCAGGAUAAACUGUACCAAUGAAGAAAAGUGUAAUGGAACUUAUUAUAUGGGACCAUGGUCCGAAUGUUCUGCAGAAUGCGAUGGUGGAAAACAAACUCGUCUUAUAGUUUGCUUAAAUUAUGAUAAGCGACCAGUUCCUGAAUUAUGCGAUGAAGCAACCAUGCCCGCUGUAGAGCAAGAAUGCAAUACUAAUUCAUGCCCAACAUGUAAUAUGAGUGAUUUUGGCUGCUGCCCUGAUAAUAUCACAUUUGCCACUGGUCCAAAUUUAGAAGGAUGUUCUAACUGCUCAUCAUCGGAAUUCGGUUGUUGUGCAGACAACAUGACAAUAGCUGAAGGUUCUAAUAAAUUUGGUUGCCCGGAGUAUGAGGAAACAAGCGGUGAAGAAGUGGAAAAAACUGCCGAAGAAAAAGAAUCUGAUGGAUUGUGCGAAGUGAUGAGCUUUGAGACCGGGGAUUCAGCGAAAAUAGAAUGUGAAUUAGCGAAAGUGGCAAAUCGAACAUUAGAGGAUAUACAACUGAUGGAUAAUGUGACUAUAGAAAAUGUGACUUUGCACUGCUCUAAGAGUGAAUUCGGAUGCUGUCCUGACUGGACGACACGUGCAGAAGGCAAAAAUAAUUCAGGCUGUCCGAUAUUUGUGCUCGGUGUUUGUAAUGAAACUACAAAUGGUUGUUGUCCUGAUGAAGUAACAAUGGCCCGCGGACCGAAUUUCGAGGGCUGUGGUGAGCCUUCUUGCGCUGGUUCAUUAUAUGGUUGUUGUAAAGAUCGUAAGACAAUUGCAUUCGGUCCACAUUAUGCAGGUUGCGAACGUUCGUCAUUCCCAUGUGAAAUUUCCGUAUUUGGUUGCUGCCCUGAUGGUGAAACUGCAGCUUUGGGAAACAAUGGUGCUGGAUGUGGAGCAAAUUGUCUGCUUUCGAAAUUUGGCUGUUGUCCUGAUGGAAUAACUGUCUCGAAGGGUCUUCAUAAUGAAGGAUGUGGAUGCAAAUAUGCACAAUUUGGUUGCUGCCCAGAUGGAAAAAGCUCAGCUAAAGGAUCGAACUAUUUCGGAUGCCCUCAAUCGUGUGCCCAAAGCGAGUACGGUUGCUGUCCAGAUGGAAAAACUGCUGCUCGUGGUUCAAAUAAAGAAGGAUGUCCUUGUCAAUAUACUCGUUAUGGUUGUUGUCCUGAUGGUGAGACCCCAGCACUGGGGCCCAGAUAUGAUGGCUGUGACGACUGCCGAUAUACCAAACAUGGUUGUUGCCCAGAUGGAGAGGCUCGUGCUGUCGGACCGAAUUACGCUGGAUGUCCGUCCACGACAAUCACUCCAUUUUUGUUUGGUGGCACAGUUGCUCCUGAAAAAAUAGUAGCAUGCUCUUUGCCACAGAACCAAGGUAAUGUUUGCCACCCAGGGUACAAGUUGGUAUGGUUUUACGAUUCAACCGAAGGCCGAUGUUCUCAGUUCUGGUACGGUGGUUGUGGUGGUAAUGAUAAUCGAUUUGCAACUAAAGAACAGUGCGAGACGAUCUGUAUAGAGCCACCGGUUAGGGGUCGUUGUUAUUUGCCUAAAGUGGAAGGACCUUUGCGAUGCAAUCAGUUAUCUGCGCGCUACUGGUAUGAUUAUACUACAAAGCAGUGUGGUGCAUUCUGGUGGCGUGGUUGUUUAGGCAAUAGCAAUAAUUUUGAGAGCUGGGAGGAAUGUCAAAACUUCUGUGCUGGAGUCGGUCCACUUGAAGUUUUAUCUUCUUCAUCAAUUCACCAUGUAGUUCAGCCUCAGCCUGUAGCACACACAUAUUCUCCAAUACAGCCACAAAGAAUUCCAAUCGAUUUUUCGCGUGAUUUCGAUAAAUCUUCUAAAGCUCAGCAACAACAAGUUCCCCAGCCUGAAAGCGUUGGAUAUUCUCAAAUUUCACAAGUCCAACAACCACUAACGAUGGAUGAGAUUUGUCGUCAAACAGUAGAUAGUGGGCCUUGCGACAGCUAUGAAGACAUGUUUUACUUCGAUGCUUUUUCUGGAAAAUGUCAUCCAUUCAUUUAUGGAGGAUGUGGUGGAAAUAUGAAUAAGUACAAAACUAAAGAAGAAUGUGAAGCACGUUGUGGUCAUCUCGAAACAAGCAGAAAUGCUGUCAGUGCAGCACAACUUCCUGGCCGACAUCGACCGGAUGAAAUUCCAUCCAUCAUUGUUGAAGAACGACCAGCUGUAUUACCUGAUAAUUCUAGAUGUAAAUAA